ACAUAACUCCAUGGUGAUGCAGUGAGCCUGUUGUGUAGACGGCAAACCAAAGUAAAGUAAACGGGGGAGGGUCGGCUACGGGGGGGGCUCUCAGCGAGUUACAAUGCGUCUUUCACGGCAUUGAACAGUCUCGGUGAACGAUGAGCCAACUUUGCCGGUCGUCUCGUAGCGGAAUAAGCCACUCUUGAGCCCUGAAAACGAAUCCUGCUUUGCGGGGCGAGAGCGAGAAUGCCGAAGCCGAACGCCCUGCUCCCUGAUGUCGGCUUGACUGGGAAAUGGUAGCGUACUGCGGGAACCGUACUUGGAAGGAACAUGGUCGAGAGGAGCAGCAAAUUCUUGUUGAUCGUCGUCGGAUCCGUGUGUUUCAUGCUGAUUCUCUAUCAGUACGUGGCUCCCGGGGUGAUCAAUUUCGGCUCCCCGCACGGUUAUUUCACGGAGGAAGACGACGGGGACAUCUUCCCGACUCCGGACCCCCACUACGUUAAGAAAUACUACUUCCCAGUCAGGGACCUCGAGAGGACGAUCGAUUUCCAAAUCAAAGGGGAGGACGUGAUCGUGUUUUUGCACAUCCAGAAGACCGGGGGUACUACCUUCGGCAGACACCUGGUUCAGAAUGUCCGUCUGGAGGUCCCUUGCGACUGCAGACCGGGCCAGAAGAAGUGUACCUGUUACCGGCCGAACCGCAAGGAGACCUGGCUCUUCUCCCGGUUCUCCACCGGCUGGAGCUGCGGCUUGCACGCCGACUGGACCGAACUCACCAACUGUGUGCCGGGGGUCCUCAACAAGAAGGAGAACAAGCAGAAAAAUCAAAGGAAGUUCUACUACAUUACUCUGCUGAGGGACCCGGUGUCUCGAUACCUCAGCGAAUGGCGGCACGUGCAGCGAGGAGCCACGUGGAAAACCUCCUUGCACAUGUGCGAUGGACGAACCCCCACUCCUGAGGAGCUGCCCUCCUGCUACGAGGGCUCGGACUGGUCCGGAUGCACCCUGCAGCAGUUCAUGGACUGUCCAUACAACCUGGCCAACAACAGACAGGUGCGUAUGUUGGCGGAUCUGAGCCUUGUUGGCUGCUACAACAUGUCCACGGUUCCAGAGAAGAAGAGGGCCCAGCUUCUCCUGGAGUCAGCCAAGAAGAAUCUACGAGACAUGGCGUUCUUCGGUCUGACAGAGUACCAGAGGAAAACUCAGUUCCUGUUUGAACGGACCUUCAGGUUGCGCUUCAUCAGGCCUUUCAUGCAGUACAACAGCACCCGAGCUGCAGGGGUGGACUUGGACAACGCCACGGUCCAGCGCAUAGAGGAGUUGAACGAGCUGGACAUGGAGCUUUACGACUAUGCCAGGGACCUGUUCCAGCAGCGCUACCAGUACACCAGGCAGCAGGAGAGACGGCAGCAGCGCAUCAAGAACCACAUGCAGCAGAGCCAUCAGGGUCUGGGCCUGGGCGUCAACCUGUGGCCCUCCCAUAGCCGGCAAAGCUUGAUGUCGACACUGGAGGACGGAGAAGGGGAGAGGGAGGAGAGGGAGGAGGGUGAGGAGGGAGGCAGAACGGAGGAGGCGGGCAGCAGGCUCCCCACAGAGGACUACAUGAACCAGAUUAUCAACCGCUGGUAGCAGCAGAAUGAGAACAAACACGCAGACAUGCAUAUGUAAUGUGAAAUACAUACACACACACACACACACACACACACACACACACACACACACACACACGGUGAGUGACGCCUGCAUCAAAGACCCAAAUGACUGACAAACUGGCAGACUUAAGCAGGUAGUUGAGCUGCAGGACUGAGAGUCAGGGUUUGCUAUGGAGUCCUGGGUUUAGGCGAUUGCAUCAGCUCACGUUAUCGAGGUUCACUCAGUUGUUAUUAACACCUGCUUGCCCUAACUCCCCUCUGAGUUUCUCCGUCUCUCUUAUCAUCAUUACCCAGUGAGCAGAGGAGAAAUAUUUUUAAGAGUUGCCAACAAUUGAGUGUCUCAUCUAUCCCUCCUCCUCCUCCUCCUCCUCCUCCUCCUCCUGUAUUCCUUUUGUGCUCUGUGGUCGAAUAUGGAGCAUGAGAAAAUACAAUUAAGUCUGUAAAUUCCCAUUAAUCUCUGCUAAAAGGACCAGUCUACUUCCUGGAUGCUCCAAUGUCAAAUGGAAAGUCAUGAAAGUAUGCUAAUGGCCUGAGAGGAACAAAGAAAGCGGUUGGAGUACAAGAGAGACUGAACUUGAAAGACUAAAGAAGCGAAGAAAGGUUGAACUGAGUUCUGUAAUAAAGCUUUCUGCUUAAAAAAAAAAAAAAAAAAAAAAAAAUCAGCCAUUUCACCCAUGAACACACUUUGGUCAUGAAAUCGUGACAGUUUCAUUCUCAUUUCAGGAUGAUUUCACUUGUAUUUUCCUUUGUGUUUAUGCUUUUUUAAAAGCAGAAUUGUAAUAACACUGAGACCAAUAUUGCUGCCUAAAGAAAAGUGAUUCCUUUAUUUCUUUAUUUUUAUUGGUUUUAUAAGUCAAAGCUAAUAGAUUGGACGGACGUACGAUGGACCAUAGCCAUUACUGAUGCCUUGCAUCUUGUUGGGCGGAGGGGAGCAGUUUCUCUCUGUUAAAGGAUCCCAAAGCUCCUGUCGCUUAACAAGUUCAUUAUUUCACCUUUUCACUCUUUCUCUCUCUCUCUCUCCAUUUUUUUUCUUUUUUUGUAUCUCAGCCCUCAGCCCUGCACACAAUAACGGCCAAUUAGAGAGCCAAAUCUCACAUAGGUGCGACGAAAUCAAAGGCAGAGAGAGGGAGUGAGUGUGCUGCAGGUUGUUGCCAGGAACCGUGCUGUGCGAGCGGCAAGAGCUUUGGAAGCCUCAACUCAGACAAAUGCUCGAGAUGGGAGUCGUGGAACUACUGGUCACCAUGGCAAUGUGAGCCUUUAGUGUAGUGGGUGGCAUUUUCAGUUUCGCCUUUUUUUUGUUUUGUUUCGUUUUGUUUUUUGUCUGACCGAGAGCUGCGCUGUAAAAAGCAGAAGUUUUAGACAAGACUCCUUCCCACCUGCUGAAAGGGCACACACAAUGCCGGUGACCCGUGCUUCAUCAGAGCGAACAUUUGUUUUGGUUUUUUUUACUGUUAAGCACGCACGGGGCAAGGUAGCAGUGCCUCUAUGUACUGGGAUCAUAGUUAACAUAAUUAUUGCCAGGUAUUAUGUCUGCAUUAUUCUACAGUAAUUUCUCUGACUACUCGUGUGUCUGCGUGGAUGAGUGUGUUUUCUCCGUGUGUGCGUGCGUGUGUGUAAAUAGUAUGUACAGUGUGCCUCUGACUGGUGUAUGUGUAUGCCUUUGUAAAUAGUGUGCCUGACCGAGAGAGGAUGCCUGAGUUUUGUGAAUGACUGGUUCCAUGACCAAUUUUAUUGUUUUUGUUUUUUUGGGUUUUUUUUGGUGGUGGAGGACAAGGCAACAAAGUCCCUCCGACAGCAAGCCACAGCAGUGUGACCAUCCCAGUGAUGCAAGCCAAUAAUAGUCCCCUCUGCCCUUUACCACCUCCUGUCCCUCCUGUCCCCGUCUCCUACACAUGAUGUGGUUGCAUAUGAGAACUGUAUCAGUGUAAUAAUUUAAAGUUUUAAAAAAAUCUACUCGUGUGACAUGUCUUUACUCUUGACAGCAACAUCUACAAGCAGGGAUGAGUGACGACCCAGUCAGGAAUGUCGACCAGUGGUUGUUUUGAACACGAUAGAUCGCAGAAUUUGGUUUAACACCGGUUCUUGCUUGGCAAAAUAUCCACAGCUCUGAUGCUAACAAAUUUCUUGUUGAACAUUUUAUCUCUCCUCCUUUCCUAUCAGCAAAGAGUGCUGAGACCAUCACCGACGGAAGAGACCUCAGCACACUGUACAUUAUUGUGAGUCGGUCACAUAGCGCUCUCUUCACAGACCUUAGAGGAAAAUCUUACUUCUAUGUUUUUUUUUUGCUUGUCAUCCAGCAGCUGGUUGAAUCUUGUUUGUGACCCCAUAGGUGUCAGCUGUCUGGACAGAAAGAUAAAAUAUUUCCCCGGAGUGAAUUUAACAUUCAAAUCUAAUGUUUCCAUAGAGUGUGAUGGCUACCGGCAUUACCUCUGUGAAAAUAUCUGAUUUAAACGCUGGUUUUGCCCCAAGUCAUCAGUCCAGAAAUAACUUGGGAGACCUGCUACUGGAUAACUGGCAAAAAAAAAAUAUAAUGUUUUGACUUUUUGCCUGAGGUUAUCAUAGGGAGCACUAUGUGAAUGAGUCACCUAUUAACAUACAGACUGCUGAAGUCUCCAGUGCUGUACGAACAGCAGGUUGUAUCAGCUGUAGCUAAUUCAUAUUACUUCAGUAAUACGUGAACAAUGACUCUUUAAUGGUGUCUGUACUUGGCCAAAGAUGGUUUGUUUGAGAUAGGAAACAUCGCUCACCACUGUGGGUGGACCGUAAUAGUUCAACAAAACCAGCAGGUGGUUACGGCUGUCCACGGGAUCUGACUGAAUGUGUCAUGUUAAUUUCAGAAGAAACUUUUCUUAAUAUUUCAAGAUGAUCAACUUAACAGUUCUGUAUCAGGACUUAGGGUAUUUUGGAGCAAGUUGCUUGCGUAACAAACAACAAGUUACACCUGUUGUUUCAAUGUGUUGCAUACAUUUAAGUAUAUGUUAGAAUUUCCAUCUCAUUUUCAGGUUGUUGUAGGUGCAGGUUUUAAACAUGUAAAACUUCUGCCACUUCAGCAUACAAAAGUGAUUACAGAUCUUCAGAUUUUGAUUAAUUACAAUCCAAAAUUAGAGGAGGUUUAUUGAGAUAUUGUAAUUUGAUUUUAAUGCUGGAUUCAUAUGCCAUAAAUUGUUAUUGAAACCCAACCCUAUCCACAUGCAAAGAUUUAGAGCAAUAAGAGGGGGAAAGCAAUAAGGUUGGGCAGAGAAGGUCAAAGUGGGAACGAAAAAAGACAUGUCACACCACGAUUUAAUCAAACUGAAUGUAGUAAUAAACGUUUGGUGUCAUCCAGGAGCCAAGGGAAAGAUGCCAUGCUUACCACACUUCCUUGGUAUUAUUAAGGAAAAAUAAUAUGUUGCAUACUGUUGUUAACAUUAGAUUUUUUUUGUUAAGUUGUCCACCACCCUCUUGUUAAAGCUCAACUAAUCACCCGUGUCUCUCCUUUUUGAUCAACUCCUUUCAGAUCAGGGAUGAUAGAUGAAUUGAAGGAGAGAAGAACAAGGGGAGAUGAUGAAAGGUAUCGGGAUACAUUCAGAGCCAAUGUGCUGCUUUUUGUGUAGCCUUCAGAGUAACGCAAACGGACACGGGAAGAGAGCUCUCCCUUUUUUGUGUGUGUUUCAUAUUAGAUUAACUUCUCCUUCAUUGUACUGUUGAAACUGGAGACUCAAAAAUACUGCGGCUCCAGGCGUUUUAGCCACAACCUCUUUUUCAAAGUCAGUCCUGCUCUGAUGUUGGAUCAUGUUUGGGCUCCAUACUGAUAUCUGGCUCUGCAUUAGUGGUUAAAGACAGAAUACAAAACUGACACUCUACCUUGAGAGUGUAUUUAUUUUCAGCGAAGCAGUCCACAGACAUACCUGAACAGUGUGUGACAGAAAGAGUGAAUCCUUUCACUGAAAUUAUUCCAGGAAUCGAUGCUGUAAAGCUAUACUCAAAUAUUUUAUGUCUCAUCACUAUGUAUAUCUGAUGUCUUAACAGCUUUUCCUUCGUGACAAUGAAGCAACCCAGAUGUCGCUAACAUCAUCCUGUUUUUUUUUUAUCUUAUUUUUUUUGUUAAAAAGAGUGUGAUAGAGACCUGUUUUUUGGUUUUUGUUUGUUUUGUUUUUUUGGAUCAGUAUACAGUCUGUCUCUGGCUCCUUCUGUAUGCAUCAUUCUAGGUUUGUUUCUUAUGAUUGCAAAAAUGAAUCAUCAAACCACCAAUUAAAAUAUUUCAUUUUUACAGA